GAUGUCGGGUGCAGAAAGGCAACAACAAGCAGAAGUGCAAGGCCGAGAGGAUCGUGCACUUGCUGGACCCCAUCGGUAAGGACGGUGACUGGACGCUGAUGUCCUUAGGCUGCGGUGACCUUCAAGGCGAUGUUGCUGCUCCAGACAAGUUCAUCAAUGUACUUGAUCCGUGCGUGGAUCAGUGGGUUCACAGUUCUUCGAGCGAGAAGGACAGGGACUUCUUCCAGGUGAUCGAGCCAGUCACGAAGAGGAGGGUGGAGUUCAGUUACGGUUCCUAUGCGGACGACAUGUUCCGCAUGGGCUUGUGUGAGGACGCGAAGGAGGCUGCCGCUCG